CAAGAGCCUUGCUAUGCCCCUGAACACUUUUAUUCAUCCACUUGCUCAAAAGCCAAUAAGCGUAUAGCUUUUCCUUGUAAUCCUAUUCUCUGGCUACUUCUGAUUCUUCCCUCUUGCUACAUCGCAUUCUUUCUCUCAUUCACCACGCUCAGCACAAGACAACGACAGGCUUUCCUACAGACUAAUCAACAGAGCACAGACAUUUCGCAAGCAUCCUGCAGGACGAAUCGGGCCACACAUGCCACAGGACGCAGGUACAGAUCUGUCUGACGACCGGUCUCUGGACAGCAGUGACAUCAAGCACACCCCUCUUAGAAUCACAACGGACUCUUGCUCACCUACAUUAUCGUCAGUCUUGCUCGAAGGCAACUCUCAACCAGUCUCGCCUAUCAACCGAAAGAGGGCCGAUGCCCGAGAAGCACAGGAUGGAGAGGCAACAACAAGCACCAAUCACAGCUCACUUCCACCUUUGAAAAAGUCAAAGACGUCGCUGGUCCUCUCGCAGGCUAGCUUGACCGAGUAUCGAACAUCUCAAGAAAUCGCCGACGAUCCAACCUCGCCUCAGACAUCGCCACUUCUGGAGCCCGAUUCGCCUAUGACUUUGGUAUCGUCUUUAAAUGCACUCAGCGAGGAAAAUUUUGACUUGAAUGCAGCCGCGGUGACACAAACAAUCCCUAUCCUUGUCAGAUCACGGACCCUGGAGGAGAUCAGGCCAAGCACGCCGCCUGCGUUUAUUAACCGGGCUGAUCCUGGGCUCGAGAGCCUCAGUUUGGGCACACGAUUCGGUAUUGCGCCAGCUAGAACAGCAGGAAUCGAGCGCGCCGUGGGUACUGUUACGAUAAGUCGACAAGGAAGUCCCAUCCCAGGAAUGGCAGACACGCAAAGCCGAGAAUCAACUCCAAUGCAUGUGGAUGACGAGGCUUUCCCUCAUCCUCAGAAUAACAAGCACAGCUGCACUCAGGACGGCGAACAAAGCGGACCAACUGCCGACGAGAUGGCGGAUCCGGAGGGCCUCCAAGCGCAGAAAGCGUUUCUAGAUUUAUCGCUGAACACGACACAGAUCCAUUAUGCCUGGACAGACUUACAGAGGAAGAGAAGGCAAAGAUCAUGGACGAAGCAAGAGAAUUUGGUAUGAUACUCAUCUUCAAUUGGUUUAUAAUGUGCGAUCUUGUGUUGUCUCUGUCCAUCUCCUGAUAUUGAACAUUUGACACCUAAAUGAAUUCUAUAGGAAUCAGUCAUAUCAUUCAGGAAUAUGUACUAACAGGAGUGUACACUGUGAAAAAACUGUUGCUCAUGGUUUCACAUGAAGGGGUAUGUGCAAUGCCGGAUAAGAACUGGUGAUU